AUGGCUGAGGUGUUAGAUGAAACUGUUAUGCCUAACUUGGAUGGUUAUGAACAAGAUGUUACUGUGUUUGGCACACUUAUAAGUAAGCUUGACUUUGGUGACCCUCUGUACUUGCAUACUAGUGAUACUUCUGGAACACCAUUAAUUAACAUGAAACUAAAAGGCACUGAAAAUUACAAGGUCUGGUCCUGUGCUAUGGAACUGGCUCUUGAAACAAAAAAUAAAAUUGGUUUUAUAAAUGGUGAAUGUGAAAGACCUUAUGAUAAUGAAAUUUUGGCUAAACAAUGGGAUAGAUGCAACUAUGUUGUGCUUACUUGGAUUUUGAACUCUAUGUCUGAAGAAGUAUAUCUGGGUCAAAUCUUUUCUAGAAAUGCUGCUACUGUUUGGCUUGAGUUAAAGGAAACUUAUGACAAGGUUGAUGGUUCUGUCAUCUUUAACUUACACCACAAAAUUAAUUCUCUGACUCAAAAUGGAAGUCCAAUUUCUGAUUAUUAUCAUAAACUUAAUUCUUUAUGGAAACAAUAUGACUCUUUGACAAGACUUCCAACUUGUGUUUGCAAUGCUUCUGCUGACAUUAAAACCUAUAAUCAGAAUCUUAAGUUGAUGCAAUUUCUUAUGGGUCUUGAUGAUGCAUAUAUUCCUGUCAGGAGUCAACUCUUAAUUAGGGAUCCUCUUCCCACUGUAAAAGCAGCUUUUGCCAUUAUUUCAAGGGAAGAGUCACACAGAGGCAUCACCUCUGUUGAAACUUCUCAGAAACCUCAAAAUUCUGCAUUUUCUGCCAAAUUUUCUGAAAGAAAAAAAUUUCCUGCAAACAAAACUCAUGAAAACAAGUUUUUUGAAAUGAGAAGAGGACCUAAUCCAAAUCUAAAGUGCACUAGAUGUGAUAAAAUUGGGCAUACUUAUCCCAAUGCUUUUAAUAAUAACAAGUUCAGUAACAAUGGUUUUUCAAGAAAGACUCCUCAGUUCCCUUAUGUCAAAAAUUAUUCUAGCAAUCAAACUUCUUCUCAUAUAGAACCACAGGGUGGUACUGUUUCUCAGUUUGGAUCAAAUUCUGCUGGUGGAACCUUUUCUCCUAAUCUGCAGUUCACUGAUGAGCAUGUCUCUCAAAUUCUAAAAAUGCUCAAUGAAAACUCUCUUUCAAAACAACCUCAAACAAAUAUGGCAGGCAUGUUUAAUGUUGAAGAUGUAUCUACUCUUGACCUAACUGUUGGUCACCCAAAUGGCACAAAAGCCAGGGUGACAAAAAUUGGAAACUUGAAACUAACUAAGUAUAUAACCUUAUUUGGUGUCUUAGUUGUUCCUGAGUACAGAGAUUUGAUAACCAAGAAAACUCUGGGGACUGGUAGACAGUCUAAUGGUCUUUAUUUGUUUGAUGAAUGUGAAAGUGGUAAGAUAACUGCUACAUGUUACAAUACUAUAUCUAUGUGUUAUAUUUCUAAACAUGUCUGGCAUUGUAUAUUAGGACACCCUGCUAAUCAGAAAGGUAUAAUCCACCAAACCUCUUGUGCUUACUCACCUCAACAGAAUGGGGUUGUUGAAAGGAAACAUAUACACUUGCUUAAUGUAGCAAGAGCUCUUAUGUUUCAAGGGGGGUUACCUUUGAAUAUGUGGAAUGAAUGUGUGCUAACUGCUUGCUAUUUAAUCAACAGGUUACCCUCCUCUGUGUUAAAUGGAAAAUCACCAUAUGAACUCUUUUUUAAAUCUCAACCUAAUCUCUCACAUUUUAAGGUAUUUGGUUGUCUUUGCUUUGCAACAAUAUUAAAUAAUUUUGACAAGUUUAGUAGUAAAUCUGAGAAGUGUAUCCUGCUUGGGUAUGCUAAUGCUAAGAAGAGGUAUAAACUUCUAAGCAUUGAACACAAUAACAUUCUUUAUUAUAGAGAUGUUAAGUUUUAUGAAAAUAUAUUUCAUUUUAAAUUGAAGGGUAACAAUAAGGUCACUUCUGAUAGUGACAUGUUCAAUAAAAAUCCUUUUGAUUCCAGUUUAUUUGAAAAUCAAGACAUACCAAAUACCCACACUCCCUAUGAUGAAAUGAGAGACCCUGAGAAUGGUGAUGGCAUUGCAAACAAUCAUGAUGACAGCCACCCCUUGGUUACCCAUGAUCAGGUUCAUUCUGGCAGUCCUAAUUUGACCGCCAAUGCCACAAUGCAAAACCAUAUGAUGAAAAUGAUACUUCUGAGGGAAAUAAUGAACUUCCAAAUGUUUCUAGUCCUAAUGGUGAUGUUCCAUUUAUACCAAGAAGGUCCAAUAGGACCUUCAAGACUCCAACCAAAUUUAAUGAUUUUGUGUUAG